AUGAGUUUGGACUUAGCUCUAAGAUUAUUGGACUUAGAAGACCAGUUACUGGCUGAUGCACGGAGAAAGAAGAGUAACAGAGCCGAAAGUGAGGCGUUGCCUUUAGACAAAAUUUAUACAUAUGAAGAGAUUGAUGAGUAUUUGGAAAAAAUCGCAGAAGCACACCCUGAUGUCGUCACCCUGGUUGUUGGUGGUUACAGCUUUGAAGAACGACCCAUAAAGUACUUAAAGAUUUCGACUACUAACUUCCAGAACUCUAGCAAACCAGUAAUUUACAUGGAGACCUUACUUCAUGCUCGUGAAUGGAUCACUCAGUCAGCUACUCUUUACGCUAUUGAGAAGCUUAUCAUUGACGUUGAGGACUCAGAUCUAGUGAAUGACAUUGACUGGAUCAUAGUGCCUAUAGCCAAUCCCGAUGGAUAUGAAUUUUCUCACGACGGAAAUCGACUUUGGCGUAAAAAUCGUGCAACUGGUUACAUGGUUGGUGACGUAUGCGUUGGAGUUGAUUUAAAUCGCAAUUUUGACAGCAACUGGUCAUCUCAUUCUAGCAACAUCGUAUGUUCCGACCUUUUCCACGGUCGAGAAGCUUUUUCGGAACCGGAAAGCCAAAUUGUCCGAGAUAUUAUCGAAGAACAUAUCGACAGACUGGAACUGUUCCUUGAUAUCCAUAGUUUUGGAAGCAUGAUUCUUUACGGUAUGGGCACAGGACAACUUCCUCCAAAUGGCCUGUUUCUACAUCUGGUUGGUAUUCAGAUGGCAACUGAAAUAGAUAAAGUUAAAACGUCUUGGAAUCCUAAUUACAUUGUUGGAAAUGUUGCGGCAGUUUUAUAUCAAGCGUCAGGAAGUGCUCAAGACUACGCUCAGGAAGUUACAAAUCGUUUUGCUUACACUUUUGAAUUGCCAGGAUAUAGAUACGGCCUUGGGACCUUAGCAGGCUUCCUUGUUGAUCCAGCAUUUAUUGAACAGGCUGGAUUUGAGACGUGGGAAGGUAUUAAGGCUGGUGCGAGAUACGUAAGGGAUAAUUACAGAAACGCGUAAAGAC